AUGUUUAGGAAGAGAACCAUAAAUAAUUUAAAACAUCGAAAGAAAACGGAGGAUAUAAAAAAUGAAGAAGAAAAUAGCAGUGAAGAAAAAAAAGCCAAAAGGGAGGAAAACCCAAAUGAUGAAACCCUAGAUGGCAUUAAUGGAAAAGACAGGCAUAUUAAAAAAGACGAUCUACACGAAAGAAAAGGCAGUAAUGACAAUGAUGAUGAAGACGAUGUAGUGUGUAAAUUUCUGUUCAAGAAAAAAUUAAAAAAGAUGAAUGAGGAAAACAAUUUGCAUUUAAAAAGAAAACACAAACUGAUGAUACAGUCAAAGAGUGAAGACGUUAAAGAGACGAACGUAACAGAAGAUCGGGUGUACAAAGGAGAUUUCACCGUUUCGAAAAAUUAUGGCUCGUACGAUAUAGACCAAGACUCGAAGAAUGACUAUAGGGCCAGAAUGGAAAGAAACAUCGAAAUAGGAGAAGAAAUACUAAAGGGGAACUUAAAGGACAAUGUUUAUAGAGGAAAGGAUGCUCACGAAAAAGCUCUGAUGAUCAGCAAAGAUAGCUUGGCCAAAAAUAAAUACACAGGAUUCUACGGCCCGGUACGAAAUAGCGGCGCGAAUGUGAGAGUUACUCUGAGGAUUGACUAUGAACCGUGCAUAUGUAAGGACUAUAAAGAAACGGGUUAUUGCGGAUUUGGAGAUACCUGCAUUUUUUUACACGACAGAAGUGAUUACAAAAGUGGGUGGAAAAUUGAACAGGAGUAUGAGGAAAAGCGAAAGCGAAAUGAAGCUCUCCGAAAGGAAAAAUUAGAAAAAUGGAACGAAAAAAUGUUGCGAAAGUUAAAAGAGAGGGAGGAAAAAUUGGGCAACUGCGAAGAUGGGGGCGAUGGAGAACACGGAAAUGAAAAGGAAAACUCUGACAGCGACUCGAGUGAUGGCGAAAAUAAUCUCCCAUUUGCUUGCAUAAAAUGCAAAAAGAAAUGGAAACUCGAAAUGAAUCCAAGUGUCACUGAAUGUUUCCAUUAUUUCUGUGAAAAGUGUUUCAUUGAAAUGUUUCAGAAAAAUAAAAAAUGUUUCAAAUGUGGAUUACAGUUAAAUGGAAUUAUGAACGUGGCCCAUAACAUUGUCGACAUUUUGAAUAAAAGAAAGUCUGCCAAAUAA